CGCACCGCCCGUUGUCCGUCGCCCUUGGUGUGGCCGCUGCGCGGGGCCCGGCGGCAGCGAGGAGCGCAGUCAUGGUGAAUUUCGCCCAAGCUGUGCGUGAUCACUGGGUUCACAUCCUUGUUCCCUUAGGAUUUGUGAUUGGAUGCUAUUUGGACAGAAGGAAUGAUGAAAAACUGUCUGCCUUCAGAAAUAAGAGCCUAUUAUAUAGAAGAGAGUUGAAGCCUGGUGAAGAAGCUACAUGGAAAUAAAGGCUGCUGAUUAAAUGGAAAAUAUUUUCGUUUGAUUCAUCAUCUUAUCUCACACGUUGAAAGAAUAGGUUUAUGGUUUUUAUCUUGAGAGAAUAUGUAAAGCUACAGAAAAGGACACCUGCAGUUCAUCAGUGCUAGUUUAAUUUCCAAUCUUACAUUUUGGAAGGUGAUUUAAUUACAUAACUAACAUGUGUCCAGGGAUUCCAUUAGUCCAUAAGGGUUGAGAAAUUUUUGUCUCUGGAAGUCAUACUGUGGAGGGGCGGGAAGAAUUAUGUAAUAAAGAAAAACUAUGCAAAAAUAA